AUGCAGGAUCAAAAGCUUGAAUCAACUAAGGGGGAAAUGGGAGAGGCUAGAGAAGAAAACAAGAGGUUGAAGUUCUUAUUGGAGCGGCUUGUAAAUGAUUAUCAAUCACUACAAACAAACUUCUUUGACAUCCUUCAGCAAGAUAAACCCGAAGAUGCCACAAAAGCUAAAGGUAUAACAACUAGGCAUGAAGAAAAUGAAGAAAGUGACCUUGUCUCACUUUCUCUAGGGAUAUCAUCCCAAGGGAAGCAUACCAUGGAGGAGGAAAAGAAUAGUAAUAUAGCUGAAAAGAGAGAAUAUAGAAGCAUGGAUAAAAAACUUGCACUUGGGUUAGAUAUUAAUUUUGACCCUAUAAUUGAUCCAGCUGAAGCUGUAAAUAAUUCCAGCUCUGAAACUAGCUUUGGUGAGGAAAGGAAGGAGGAGCCAAAUGAGAUGUGGCCCCCCAGUAAAGUUUUCAAGACAAAGAAAACUGGGGAAAAAAGUGAAGCUUCUCAACAUAUUCAGCUCAAGAAGGCUAGGGUUUCUAUCAGAACCAGAUGUGAUACCCAAACGAUGAAUGAUGGAUGCCAAUGGAGAAAAUAUGGACAGAAAAUAGCAAAAGGAAAUCCAUGCCCCCGAGCUUAUUAUCGAUGCACUGUGUCACCAUCAUGUCCUGUAAGAAAACAGGUGCAAAGAUGUGCUGAGGAUAUGUCCAUAUUGAUUACCACCUAUGAAGGAACCCACAGUCAUCCACUUCCUACGUCAGCAACUGCAAUGGCCUCCACAACUUCUGCUGCCGCUACAUUACUUCAAUCUCCCUCACUGAGUUCACAAGGACUAGAAAAUUCAGCUAUAGCCUCCAUCAUCAACUCUAGUGCUGCUUACAACCCCAAUGCUCUAAACUUCUCAACGUACCAAAUUUCAAAACCACAUCAAUUCUACUUCCCCAACUCUUCUAUUUCCACCUUAAAUUCACACCCCACAAUCACUUUGGACCUUACAACACCCCCAACUUCCUCAAAUUCAGGAAAUUUUACCUCAACCUUCUCUUUCAUGCCAAUAUACUCAUCAACAAACCUCAAUUUUUCCUCAUGUUUCUCUCCUCUACAAUCUAGUAUGCCACAUUCUCCAUGGAGCAGUUAUAGUGGUUAUUUCAAUACAAAAACACUACCCCAAAAUAGAAACCAAGGCGGUUACUUGGUAAACACUGGAAAGCAACCAUUUCAGGAGCAUCCCCAUCAACCUAUUUACAUGAGCAACCACACCAUUUCUCAACAGUCUUUGCCUGCAACCAAGGCAAUCAUCACAAGUAACCCAAAUUUUCAAUCAGUAUUAGCAACUGCUCUCACAGCAUGUGUUGGCAGUGAAGCUGGGGGUGGUAGGUUAAGAGAAACUCGUGUUCUUGAGAGUGCAGAACUGAACUUAAAGUUAAGUAGUGGAAAUGUGUCCUACACUUCUAGCCAAAAAUAG